UCGCAAUUGCGGGUGUUGACACUCCAUAUCAUGCUGUUGGAGGACCUUGCUUGCCUCGAGGUGAUCAUAAUAACAAGUCUCCACAUUGGUUGCCUUCCUUCUCUACAAAAACAACAACUGUAACACUUUCUCAUUCUCAUCCACCAUGGGCAAAAAGAACCGCCGCCAUCGUCCCAAGAACGACGACGACGACAACGAUAAGGAAGAUGUCCAAGCACAGUCUCCUCCUAAAAGCAAUGCUGGUACUAACCUGAAAGACUUGGAUUUUGCAGCGCGUCGCGAAUUGCAACGAAAGGCAGCCGCCGAAAAGAGACGUGCGCGCAUGAAGUGCCAUAUCUGUGGCGACGUCGGUCAUGUGCGACGAGAAUGUCCGGGAGUGCGAGACGAUGGUCGUGGCAUGUCGCGGUUCAAAAAGAAGAGCAAUGUCAAUCACGAAAAGGAAUUGUAUCAGGCGAGAAAAUAUGGUACUCCACAACAAGACAGUAGUAGUAGUAGUCUGUUGGAGUAUCCACCCGAACUGAAUGCCUGCGAUUUUCGGUACUAUGAUGUGGCGUGUGACAUUGCAUCGACCAUGGACUACUGCAAACAGGGUCGAGGAAAAACCAAAAUUUCGCAAAAAGAAGCCUUUCAAGAGGUUCAAACAGCGCUGAUCGAUGCCCAACGUCACACCAAUUUGGGAGGUAUGAUUUCCCAAACACUGCUCAAACCCAAUCGACCGUGGAUUUGUCCUAACAACAACGAUAUUCCAUUGCCAGCGCACACGUGGUACAUGAUUGGUUUGGCGCGCGAUUUUCUCUACAAUGACUCGGAAAUGGAUGCCGCCGUGAAUUCGUUAACACAAACACUCCACGAUCAUCCCGACAAGAUUGUGGGUUAUUGGGCCAUUCUCGAUUAUACUAUUUGUCAACGACCCGGCUGUGACAAGGAAUCCCAAAAACGACGGGUCAUUGCCACUUGCAAAGCUGCCGGACAAGCCGGAGUGACGGUACAGAUUCAAGCCUUGCCGGGAGCUGCUGGAUUGGAUUUGGACCAAAUUGCCGGCACGGACUAUGCCCACGUCUUGUUGGAUUUGCAGACCAUUCUGACUGACGCCACCACCGAGUUUCCCACGUUACAAAUUGUGUUGGCCAAUUGGUCCGGUCUGGCGUCUCAUAUGCUAUCGUUUCUCCAAGCAUGCCCUCAUUUGACGAUUGGUCUCGAUGGAUCCGUCAGUUUUGCCAAGGCAGGCCAUUUGCACGAAUGUGCCUUUGACUUGCCACUCGACAAACUCGUCUUGAUGACGUCGCAUGUCAUUCCUGCCGAAAUUGCCAAUUUGCUAGGGCGAGAUGCUUUUUAUCAUGCGGGAUUGUGGCCCUUUGUGGCACGGGCUGUGGCACACUACAAAAAGACCGUGUCCAUUGUCGAUGUGGCUCGUGCCUGCUCCGAACGGACGUUGCAGUUGUAUCCGCAAUUGUUAGUAGCAGCAGAGGCGGCAGAGGAGGAGGAUGUUGUUGCAGCCGAAGAAGAAGAAGCAGAGUCAGAUCCCAACGAGAAUGACACGGCAAAUUGAAAACCAAGAGAGUUGAACCUGUUGCGGGUCAGCGCCCUUGCCAGUCCGAUGCCACAGCCUGAAGAGGAAAGACGCGUGUACUUCUCCUCACUUGAACAGCAGCAACAACUAACGUAAAGAUUUUAGCACGGAGAGAGGGGAAAAGACGGCUAUCGCUAGCCAGCUAUCUUCCAUGACAUUGUCCCAGAACGGCCAUUCUGCGUGGAGAUUGA